GACAGUAGUGGGAACCUGAAGUCUGGUAGAAGGUGACUGGAUAACACCACCAUGCAAUUCCACAAACUUUCCUUCACUCUAUACCCAUAAUACCCCUCACCUUUCCUUUCCAAGCGUCGGCAGUUUCUUUUGUAGUGUUCUAAGGAACAAAACUACAAAUAGAGAACACAACACACUAAGGCAAAAACCAAAAAUAACCAAAGGGCCCCCUCUCACUCAACCCUGUAUCAAAGUGUCAAGCACAUUUUUUUGUUUGUAUUUUGUGUGCACAACAACAAAAGGAGGUGCUUGUUAACGGCUGAGGGUGCGCAGGAUAAGCAUAAAAAUUGUGAAGUUAAAGCCAAAGAGGAAGAAAAGAAGAAUCUACACAAGAUUAUGCUUUUAUUAUAACACCCCUUCAAAGUUUUAGCACCAUUUAAUUGAAUUGAAUUCAAUCCUCCUUGGGUCUACUAUAAAUUCUGCAUGGUUUUUUGGUGACCCUUUUGGUUCUAUAGCCUUUGUGUGAUUGUUUCCUCAUUACCCACUUCAGAAUUCUCAUUAAGUUGCAUGCUCUUGGGCUGAGAGACUGUAAUGGCGAAUAGUUGGCUGGAGAAGAUUGUGCUCUGCUUUUGUUUCUUGUUGGUUUUGGUGGUGCCUUUGACUUGUGCUGGCAGAGCCACCCUGAGCUCCGCCGCCGCUGGCGGCGGUGGAAGUAGUUGUAGUAGUAGUUCAAGUCAGAAGCUGGAUGUUCAGAAGCACUUGAAGAACUUGAACAGGCCUCCAGUGAAGUCCAUCAAGAGUCCUGAUGGAGAUAUUAUCGACUGUGUCCAUCUCUCACACCAACCAGCUUUUGAUCAUCCUGAUCUCAAAAGUCACAAGAUUCAGAUGAGGCCAAAUUUCCACCCAGAAGGGGUUACUUUUGGAGAAAGCAAAAUAUCUUCAAAUUCCAAGCCUUUAACUCAGCUAUGGCAGAAAAAUGGGAGGUGCCCAGAAGGAACAAUUCCUAUCAGAAGAACCAGGAAAGAUGAUGUAUUGAGAGCAAGCUCAAUUCAGCAAUUUGGAAAGAAAAAGCAAAGGAGUGUCCCUCAGCCAAAACCUGCAAAACCUCUACCUGACAUACUUAGUCAGAGUGGGCACCAGCAUGCAAUAGCAUAUGUGGAGGGAGAUAAAUACUAUGGAGCCAAGGCAACCAUAAACGUUUGGGAGCCAAAAAUUCAACAACCCAAUGAAUUCAGCUUGUCUCAAAUUUGGAUUCUGGCUGGUGCAUUUGGUCAAGAUCUCAACAGCAUUGAAGCUGGUUGGCAGGUCAGUCCAGAUUUGUAUGGAGACAAUAACACUCGACUCUUCACUUAUUGGACAAGUGAUGCAUAUCAAGCCACUGGUUGUUAUAAUCUUCUUUGUUCUGGCUUUAUUCAAAUUAACAAUGAUAUAGCACUGGGAGCAAGCAUCUCUCCACUUUCUAACUAUGGAUCUUCCCAAUAUGAUAUAAGCAUCCUGGUCUGGAAGGACCCAAAUGAGGGCAAUUGGUGGAUGCAAUUUGGGAAUCAGCAUGUUCUAGGGUACUGGCCAGCUCCUCUAUUCUCGUACCUCACUGACAGUGCCUCAAUGAUUGAAUGGGGAGGAGAAGUUGUGAACUCUGAAUCUGAUGGACAACACACCUCAACUCAAAUGGGUAGUGGCCAUUUCCCUGAGGAAGGUUUUGGCAAAGCUAGUUACUUCAAGAACAUUCAAAUAGUUGAUGGUAACAACAAGUUUAGAGCUCCCAAGGAUCUUGGCACUUACACUGAGCAAAAUGGUUGCUAUAAUGUUAAAACUGGGAAUGCAGGGGAUUGGGGUAACUACUUCUAUUAUGGUGGUCCUGGUAGAAACCCCAAUUGCCCUUAAGAAGAAUUCAUGUUAAAAGUUAAACAUGAAUUCUCUUUUUAUCUAAUGUAGCUAGUAACUUGUGUCAAUUUCUCUUUGAUUCGGAGAAAAGGGGUGGUGGGUUUCUUAGAUUUAGUAGAAACAAGUUUCUUCAUUGGUGUUCAUGUUCAUAUAAAUAGAUAUUUUUGUUUAUGUUUGCUCCUCUCUCUGGAGCUGGGAAAGCAAAGUGUGAAUUAAUGUGAACAGAAUAUUCUAGUAUGGGAAAGUUGGGUAUGUAUUAUUUUACUAUAAUGGUUAAUUAGCAAGCUGUCUUAAUAAGAACAUUUGUUUAAUUUAA